AUGUCUCUCCCCAAGACUUACAAGGCCAUGGUCACGCUCGAGGCCAACAAGCCCUUCACUUUACAAGAGCUCCCCCUAAAGCUCCCCGAAGCCGGACAAGUCCUCGUCAAAGUCCUUGCCUGCGGCGUCUGCCUGUCCGAUGUCUUCAUUAUCAACGGCCACAUGGGCACCACCUACCCGCGCGUCACUGGCCACGAGAUUGUCGGCGACGUCGUCGCCGUCGGUGAAAACGUAACCCGCGUCUCUGUCGGCGAGCGUGUCGGCGGUCCCUGGCACGGCGGCCACGAUGGAACUUGCCGCGCCUGCCAGCACUCACAGUUCCAGUUCUGCAGCAACCAAAAGGUCAACGGAGUCAGCUUCGACGGCGGAUAUGCCGAAUACGUGCUUCUGCGAGCUGAGGCCGCGGUGCGCGUGCCCAAGGAAGUCGACCCCGCGGAAGUUGCUCCGUUUUUGUGUGCUGGUGUUACUGUUUUCAACGGGAUGCGCAAGCUGCGUGUUGAGCAAGGAGGACUUGUGGCUGUGAAUGGACUGGGAGGAUUGGGUCACUUGGCGGUGCAAUACGCCAGCAAGAUGGGAUACGAGGUUGUCGCCAUUUCAUCCGGAGACGACAAAGAGGCGCUGGCCAAGGAGCUCGGAGCCAACCACUACAUCAACGCCAAGAAAGCGGAUGCUGUCGCCGAGAUUCUCAAGCUGGGCGGCGCCGACAUGAUUGUCCAGACGGCUCCCAACCCCGAGACCAUCAGCAAGCUCGUCAAGGCUCUGGGACCCGGCGGCAAGCUGCUCAACCUCUGUGUUGUUGGAGAGGUCCCCAUUGACACGGCCACUCUGGUUUCCAAGGGCGCGAGUGUUCACGGCUGGCCGAGCGGACACGCAAGUGAUAGUGAAGAUGCGAUUCGAUUUGCACUUACACACGGUGUUCGCUGCAUGAUUCAGAGAUAUCCGCUUGAGGAGGCGCAGCAGGCGGUGGACGAUUUAAUUGCCGGAAAGCCUCGGUUCAGGAAUGUGUUGGUGAUGAACCAGUGA